AUGUGGCUGCGGCACAAUCCGCUCCACUACUUCCUGCUCGCAGGGUCCUUGUUAAGUUCGUCGUGUCAAGCAGUAUUCAGCGACGAGGCCUUCCAUACAGACUUCCAAGUCCAACUCUUUGGCACGGCAUUAGACCCAUCGAGUACCUUCUUUCAUCAAGCUGCAGCUGGCAAAACCGGCUCAUUAUUAUAUACGCUAUCGAAUCGAUUGGUCAUCGGCGCGAUCAACCCCAAAGAUGGAGCCCAAGUCUGGAGACAACGUCUUGGGGAAGGAACCGUGUCUGAGUCUGAAGAAUUGAGUAAAUCAGCUUGGUUAAGGAAAUCCAAAGACGGCAGGAUAGUGUCGGUUUUUGAUAAGGCGAUAGCACUUUGGGAUGCAGCAACUGGACGAGCUGUUUGGGAAUACUCUGCAAGUGUCACGGUUGCGGAUGUAAUUACGCUUGAGGCAGAGAACCUCCUUGUGGUCGCCUUGAAGGGAGGUGAAGUCAAAGCUAUCAAAUUGGCGUCCGGAGAAAUUGCCUGGGAGACUCUUGUCGGAGAAGGUCGCGAUGUUGCCUCGAAUUUCAACCUUGUCGGCGACCGACUGUUCCUCACAUUGAGUGAACCUGCGGCCACGGCACUGAAGACUGUAGUUAUAUCGCCGGCAACUGGUGCCCAGCUUGAGACCUUUAUUGAUGGUGUCUUCGGUCAAUCCGAUAACCAUGUUUCAACCCCCCAGAUGCUGCCAAUUACAGCCUUCAGAGACUCAGAUCAACUGAAGUUAAAUACUUUGGGGACAAAGCAAACCAAAUCCCUUGGAGUAGACAGUACUGUUCACGAUUAUAGACUGCACUCUGUUACCCAGGAUACCCUUUUCAUCGAGUACUGGGCAAAGUCACCAGAUUCGGCCACCUCUUGGGCGGACUUUUACACUAUUAAGGACGGGGUUGUUACAAAAAAGACCAGUCUUCCUUACGAAAACGCUAUCAGUGUGUUUUCCUUAUCAGAUAGCGGCUCUGGUAUCUUUGCUACCAGAGUUAACCGCGCUGAAAUCCGCAUCUAUGAUGCCGAGUCUGAAAACCAAGUAAAAGCAUUUGAGCUACCCAAGUUGUUACCAGCCGAGCCACUCCACGUCGUGGCCGAGGUCGUCAAACGCAAGGACGGUGCAAUCGCCGUGCGAGCUGCUGUCACCCUCGCAGAUGGUAACAUGGUUCUAGUCCGAAAUGACCAGAUCGUUUGGACCCGACAAGAGGCUUUGGCUUCUGCUGUUGCCGCUGAAUUCGUGGAUGUUCAUGAGGUUGAGGAUACACUUGAGAAGACAUUACAUGCCGAAGAAACUAGCAACCUUGUCACAGCAUAUAUCAAGCGUGUCACACGACACAUUGAGGAACUCAAAUACCUUCCUGGUUGGAUUGCUGGGUUUCAAGAGAGUAUCUUAGGAAUAUUCGGACCCGCUACCCCGACUGACACCGCCAUUACAAAAGAUCCUUUCGGUUACCGAAAGUUCGUAGUUCUUGUUACUCGUUUUGGUUGGGUGACUGCCAUUGAUACCGCCAAUCGGGGCGAGGUCGUCUGGACCAUUAACCUUGGUAAAACUGAGAUCUUGGAAAAGGAUAUCAAGGGUAUCUUUCACUUCGGUAAGGGGGUCGUUCUGGUUGUCCUUACCUCCGGGGACAUCUAUAAAAUAGAUGCUAUCACCGGAAAGGGUCUCAAGAGGACAGCUAUCCAAAUCCUUCCUUCAGCUAGUGUGAUGACAGUCGAGUCCCCCACAUCUGACGACCGAUGGAUCAUUGCUAUUCCCGCUAGAGAGAGUGUGAAAGGCUGGUUCUGGCCCGACGAAAAGGAAGAGGAGCUCACUAAGGCCCUUUCGAAGGCCACACUCUCGCGAAAAUGCGAGGGUUCCACUGGCAUCUGUGGGUACACUGCUAAGCCGAUCAUUGGCGGCCGUCUCAUCCUCACCCCAACCUGGUCCUUCCGCCUCCCCCAAAAUCAAAAGGUAGUUUCCAUCAGCACCCGCCCUGCCCACGACCCAAUCGCCUCAAUCGGAAAGGUCCUCGGCGACCGGUCUGUGAUGUACAAAUACGUAAACCCGCAUUUGGCCCUCUUAAUCGCUUCUGCCCCGUCUUCAUCCUCAAUAUACCUUUACCUCCUCGACACCGUUUCCGGUGCGAUUUUACACACAUCAAUCCAGACUGAUGCAGACACAACCCGUCCUAUCGUCGCAACCAUCGCCGAGAACUGGUACGUAUACUCUUACUACUCCAAUUCCGACGCACGGGGCACCCAACUUGUCGUCACCGACUUCUAUGCCUCGGCUACCAAGAACGACCCAGCCCGCCUUUUACAACAAAACAUUUCAUCAUACGACCAGCCACGGUCUACGUCGCCAUAUGGAAUCUCACAGGCCUUCGUUUUCCCACAUCCAAUCACCUCUCUUGCAACGACUACCACCAGACAGGGAAUCACCACCCGUGCCGUCCUUCUUUCUGUCCCGAAACUUGGCUCUUUACUCGCGAUUAACAAGCGAACACUUGAGCCCCGCCGCCCCGUUGGUCGAGAGCCAACAGCGGAAGAGAAAGAAGAAGGAUUGUUCAAAUACGAGCCUUACUUGGGCGUUGACCAUGGUCGUGCUUCACUAUCACACAUCAGGGAUCUCGUUGGUGUCGAAAAAAUCAUCACUACUCCUAGCUUAUUAGAGAGUACCAGCAUUGUUGUUGGAUGGGGGAUUGAUAUUUUCGGGACGCGAACGAAUCCUAGUGAGGCGUUUGAUGUACUCGGGAGAGGCUUUAACAAGUUAGCGUUGAUUGGUAGUGUUCUUGCCGUUGGAGUUGGAACACUGUUCUUGAGGCCUAUGGUUCGAAAGAAGCAGAUCGGACAGAGAUGGGCGCAGUAG